CUCUACCAUUUCAUUUCCCCCUUUCACUCCAAUAUUCUUCCAAUUCGUCCAAUUCCAAUUAUUCCAAUGGCCUCCUCUGAUAAUCUCACAACCAUCCUGGAUCCAUGGGCCUUCCGCCCCUCAUUUCAAGACCCAUGGAUUUCCGAUGUCUUCUCCAGAGAAACAGACGCACUCUCCAACCCCAUUCACACCUCCCACUCCGACCUCUUCUCUUCCUUUUUCGACUUAAUUGCCCCUGAUUCUACUCCCACUCCCACUCCCACUCCCACUCCCACUCCCACUCCCACUCCCACUGCUUCAGGAAUCUCCGCCGACCCCCAAAUCCCCUCCCCCAACCCACCCAUCUCUUCCAUCCCCCCCACCGGACGCAAGAUCACCAAGAGGAAGUCCAGAGCCUCCAAGCGGAACCACACCACAUUCAUCACGGCCGACCCGGCUAACUUCCGCCACAUGGUCCAGCAGGUCACCGGAGUCAGAUUUGGCAACUCCCACCUUCAGAUUCCUCCGCUUUUGAAGCCGGAGCCGCAGAGGCCGGCUGGCCGAUUCACUGUCUGCAGCGCUGAUGCGGAUGCGGAUGCUGGACUGCCUACUCUCGACACGUCGGCUUAUUUGCUGAACCACCACCAGCAGAACUCCGGGAGUGGAUCCGAGAUAACUGGGCCGGGUCUUAUCGGGUCGGAUUUUGAUACAUUUUCGUCUUUUCCCACUCUCGAGUCGUGGAAGGCGGUCAUGUGAUGGAUAAUCACUUGUUUUUUCUUUUUUCAUUUUUGGAAAUUAAUAUUUAGUCAUUCAAAAAAAA